AUGAAAGGCACAGUGUGCUUGCCUUGCUUGGACUACAGGAGACCCGAAAGUAGCAAGCCCUAUAUUCCGUGGUUCAACUCUGAUUUCAGGCGGUGUUCAUGGUUCACGCAAUUGCCCGCCAGAUGCGCGAGCUUUGGACUGACGACCUAUUCGGGGAGACCUUUGGAAGCGACGGCCAACGAAGCCUGCUGUGCCUGUGGUGGCGGAACGCAGGAAUGUCUGGCCAAAUACGAAGCAGAGAUUCCUCUCGAAGGGACGGACUUCAAAGUGGUGACUGUGACUGGCAGCACCGACUUCGACAUAGACGAGAAGUGUUGCGAAGCAUGCAGAUCAGAGAAUGCUUGCCAAUACUGGUUCCGGGAUCUUGGCACUGGAAGCGUAUCAUGCACACUGGGACACUCUGCCACCUUGCGCAGACGCUGGAACGGUGUCAAUUCCCGUGGAGGUUACAGAGAGUGCAAGUGGAAGACCGGGUUUCAAACAAACGGGGACGCCUACCCGUGCUCCUGUGGAUCGGCGACCUGCACCAAGGGCCAAAAAUGCUAUGCCGAUGCCAAUCUUUGCGAAGGGCCAUACUUGACCUUGGAUGCCUAUGCGUGGGAUGUGCAGACAGCAUGUACAGCACCUGAUCGCGGAAUGAGAAGCAGGGAGGAGUGUGAAUCGGCAAGGCAGGCUUUGGGGAUAGGUUAUGGUGUGGGGGACCAGCUUCGCAGCGCCGGUGGUCCGGCCAUCAAUGUCCUGUCAGCAGCUAUCGCCUCUGCAAGUUCCAAUGCCUUGUCGACAGGGGCUACGAAUUUCUUUUUUCAGCCGGGGGCAGCUUUCUACCCACUCGUCUCAACGAAAAACCCACAGUGGCCGGGUACUUGCAUCCAGACCAACGUGGAGGCGGGCUCAUGGUACAAGGUGGACUUCCGGGGUAAGAGAUAUCGGUUUACCAGCGUGCAACUCCUCAGUCGUAACGACUGCUGCGAGGAUGAGUUGAAGAAUGUCGACAUUCUUGUCGGCAAUGCUGGGAGCAGUAGCUUCACCACUUGUGCAACUGCCGUAAGCGUCUUUGGUCGAGGAGUCCCUACGACCUUUGCGUGCCGUGCGACUGGGUCCAUCAUCCAGAUUCAGCACAGAGGCACCAAGGCAUUGUCGCUGUGCGGCUUUUCAGCAUUCGGAAUCCCGACCACAUCGCUGGCAGAGGCUGUGCCUGCUGAGAUAGGACUUGUGAGUGAUUUGAUACUGGCAGCCAAUAUUUCGAACGGUUCAGAAUCAACAUCAUCGGAAGCUCCUGAUGAAGCACCAGCCCAGACUGUCGAUACCGUCAUCAUCAGUGGCCACUGUGAACUAGGUGUGGAUGGCAUCUAUGUGAGCUCUGGCGCCACUUCCAGUGGCGCAUCGUUCUACACCAAUGAUGACGGAUACUUCCUUUAUUUCGACCCGGAUUGCGAUGGACUCGGCACACAAGCAAAGUGGUUGAUUGGCACGGAUUUACCGAACACGACGAGAUCAUCAGAUCUCGACGACGACGGAGCUUGUGAAUUUGUCGCUGCAAUUGCGUCCGCAAGUACAGACCCUGCCGGGCCACCCACGGGAGAGUUGUCCUGGAGGAUGCGUUGCGAGGAGAGUUUCAGUGACGGCAGCCUGAGGCUCGAAAUUGGCGAUUCUCAGUUCUGGCAGAAUAAUUUCGGCGAGUCUUGUGCCAGCUACGUGUCCAAAGGAUGGUGUAAUGACGGUGGCUUCGCCGCUGGCUUUGAAUGGACAGGCAAAGAACAGUACCUGGACCAGUCGACAGUGCCACAGGCCUGCCAAAAAAGCAGCUCUUUCCAGCAAGACGGCAACUGUGCGGAGUUUUACAACUUCCCAGGCAGAAAUUGUGCUGCCUGUGGGAAGGGUGCGAAGGCCGCAAAUUGCAGCAUCGCUGACGGGAGCGCUUCCAGCGUCAGCUAUCCAUGCCUUUGCGGAAAUGCUACAUGCACAAGUGGCCAAGUUUGCACAUCCAGUUCGAGCACGUGUCAGGAUAGUCAGUCCGGUCCAACCCUCAUCACUGGCGUUGUGUCGAUGGUGUUGGCGAACUGCUCCGAAAUCAUUGCCGAGCCAAAUGCCUCUUAUGCUAUUGCUGAAGGCGUGGGCAAGCACUUUCGGCUUCCAACUUCGUGGAUCAGUGUCGAACUUACUUGCGGCUUGGUCCUCUUACAGGGUAAGAUGGUGAAGGAAGGGCGGGAGGACUCGUUGCAAGCAGAAUACUUGAUAAGCAUUCCGCAAGCCAACCUCUCCGUUUAUGAUCCCGCCACGAUUGCCGGCAACGUCCAAAAUGCGGACAGUGUUGACCUGGCGGUAGGGAUUUCCACGUCCUUGGCAGGCAAUCAGAUCGUCAGCGACAGCGUCGAGGUGACGGGCACCUCAGCAGAGGAGGUUCCUGAGCCGGAGCCGUCAACGACCGAAGAACCAAGUGGACCGUCAACGACCGAAGAACCAAGUGGACCUUCAACGACCGAAGAACCAAGUGGACCAAGUGGACCAAGAGUGUCCUGCAAGACCUUGUUCGUGAAGUGCCGGAGUUGGAUGCUGCGACGCCAAGCCGCCUGCAAGGACUUCAACUUAUACUGCAAGGGCAACAGGGCAGGGAAGGGCUACUACUCGUACUCCUACACCAGGUGA